AUGGAUGUGCUGUCGUCGCCACCUUUCAACACGGCCAUGCAUGCGCUGCGAAAGCUGAAGCAUCCGGCAGAAGGGCGCUACACCGUUCAGCCAAGUGGACAGCUUCAGGCCUGUGGUCACCAUGUGCGUGCCUUGCUGAUGGCUUGCUCAGGCGCACUGGCCGCAGGCAUGGCGCUAGGUUACGGCUCAGCCGCCAUGCCUUCCAUCGAGCGACGCUUCCGGCGCGACGCACCAUCCGAGCCACCCGACAACCGCUGGAUCCCCGACAGCCUCUUCCUGGGUGCCAGCGUCGGCGCCCUUAUCUCAGGCAUUCUGCUGCACCUUGCGGGCCACCGAAGGACCCUGUUGCUGUGUUCGGGCGGCCUAACUAGCUUCUGGGUGUCUUUGAUGUUGGCCAACAAGGUCAGCAUGAUGGUCGUCAGCCGGGUGGCGAUCGGCAUCUGCGUGGGCGUCAUCACCAACUGCGUCUGCCUUUACGUCACCGACGUCGCUCCUCCAGCCAAGAGAACGCUCUACGGAGGACUCGUUGAGGUGGCGACAAGUGCGGGCAUGCUGUGUGCGUACGCCAUGGCAGGCUUCGCGUGGCAGCAGCAGGCGGUCGGUUGCGCGAUGGCCUCGGUACCCAUGCUGGCUUUGCAGCGCUAUGUGAUCGAGAAUCCCCGGUGGCUGAUGUCCAAGCACCUUUCACUGGACGCCGACACGGCCUUGAUGCGUCUGUACGGUGUCGACCCUCCACCCGAUUUCCGCGACCACAAGGGAAAAGCAGCUGAGGAGCAGAAGCCAGCCGCCACUUCCAGCCGCCUGUGGCCCAGUAACACAAGAGUGAUGUCGACAUGCCUAUUGCUGUACCUCCUUCAGAACAUCUCAGGCGCCCAAAUGUGUCUGCUGCGCGCUGUUCAAGUGAUGAGCAACGUGGUGGUUGAAGUAUCGCCGCAGUUCCUGGCCUUUGUGCUGGUUUUCUCUCACCUCGCCUGCGCCACCUUGGCCGCAACCCUAACGCACCUCGUAAAUCGUCGCACUCAGCUCGGAACGUCGGCCUUCCUGGUUGCAGUUACUCUUUUCAUUUUCCGGCCGCUGGACCACCUAACUUUCACCCACUGGUCCGUGACUGAACAAUCUGGCAAGACGAGCUGGGGGGCCGCGAUCUCGAUCGUAAUGCUCGUGGUGGCGUACUCGACGGGCGUAUGCCACCUGCCGACGUUGCUGACCGGCGAGCUCAUGCCUUCGAGGAUUCGCUUGCUGGGCUCCUCCAUCGUGUGGUCGUCGCGCUGGCUCUUGGCGUUCCUGCUGCUGUACUUCGACAUCGACGUGCUCACCGCUUUCCAGCAGAAGGGACCGCUGCUGGCGUUAAGCCUGACAGUGGCAGCCGUCGCCACGACAGCUAUAUACCUGAUCCCUGAAACUGAAGGCCGUACGCUGGACCAGAUUGAACACGACUAA